AUGUCUGAUGCUGAAUUUGAGACGAUCAGAAAGCUUCAGGUAGAGCGCAAUUCUGCUAUCGCUGCAAAGAAAGGAUCAUCAGCGAUCGAUUUCUCAACUCAACGAACUGAUUCUUCGACCAAAGCCUCACUGACAGAUAGUUUCGACACCACUUUAUACGAUCGCGAAGGUGUCGAUAAGUUCGAGGGAUACAACUCUUCUAUACCAGCUGCAGAUGGUGAUGAAGAUGAUGAAAAAGAUGAUACUACCAAUCGGCUUAUUGGCCAAUAUACGGGAUCUAAAGAUCAGAUAAAUGAAUUUUCCCAUGGUGCUGGAGUUGAAGAAGAAGAUAUACUACUAGGUCGAGAGAAAAGUGCACGUAUUUCUGACCGUGAAACUGAUUAUCAAAAGCGUCGUCACAAUCGAGUCUUGACACCUACAAGAGCAGAUGCCUUUGCAACCAACGGGGAAAGCGAAAAUGGAGAAAGUUAUCGAGAUAUAAUGGCGCGUAGGGAAUUAGAAAGAGAAGAAGAACGGGUGAGGAAAGCAAUAGAAGAAAAAGAGGCCAAUGGUGAAGUUAUCCACCACAAGGCGACUCUAACUAAAGAAGGAAGUCAAUCCCCUACUGCAAAUAACAAGAAAGACACAGAAAGCGAAGAAGCAUCAUCUACUGGGCGCAAGCGAAAACAACGUUGGGACGUAACCUCUAAACUUACAGAAUCUCCCCCUGCUACAGAUACGAAAGCUAAACGCUCCCGAUGGGACCAAACACCUUCUAUUGGAGUAAUAGGUGAAGGUGAGACCCCUCGGCGACGUUCACGAUGGGAUCAGGCUCCAGCCGCUACUCCUAUUGGGAAUCAAGGCUUAUCCACGCCUAUGCACCCAUCACAGAUGGGCGGGCCUGUACUACCGACAACAUUUGGUACAGAUAUUUCCAUGAGGAAUGCUCCUUUAUCCGAUGAAGACCUUGAUAUUAUGUUACCCUCUGAAGGCUAUAAAAUUCUUGAUCCCCCUCCUGGAUACGCGCCAAUACGAAUUGCAUCUCAAAAAAUCAUGUCUACCCCAACGCCGGCCGCAGGAUACGGAGGAUUUAUAAUGCAAGAGCCGGAAAGUGGAAGAAAUACAGGGAAAUCCCUUCCCAGUGAGAUUCCAGGUGUUGGAGAUCUUCAAUUCUUCAAAGCAGAAGAUAUGGUAUACUUUGGAAAGCUUACUGACGGAAGUGAUGAAAAUACAAUGAGUGUAGAGGAACUUAAGGAACGAAAGAUCAUGCGAUUGCUCUUAAAAGUGAAGAAUGGGACACCGCCAAUGAGAAAGACGGCAUUACGUCAGCUCACAGAUAAUGCACAACAGUUUGGAGCUGGUCCCCUUUUCAACCAAAUCUUACCACUGCUAAUGGAAAAAAGCUUAGAGGAUCAAGAACGACAUUUGUUGGUGAAGGUUAUUGAUCGAGUUCUAUACAAGCUUGAUGAACUCGUUCGGCCUUAUGUUCAUAAAAUUUUGGUUGUCAUUGAGCCACUGCUCAUUGAUCAAGAUUACUACGCACGAGUUGAAGGUCGGGAAAUAAUUUCUAAUUUAAGUAAGGCAGCAGGCCUUGCUCAUAUGAUUAGUAUCAUGAGGCCGGAUAUAGAUCACGUCGAUGAAUACGUGAGAAAUACCACAGCUCGAGCAUUCGCUGUUGUAGCUUCAGCCUUAGGUAUUCCUGCGUUACUUCCAUUCUUACGUGCUGUCUGUAGGAGCAAAAAAUCAUGGGAAGCUCGACACACCGGUGUCAAAAUUGUCCAGCAAAUUCCGAUCCUCAUGGGCUGUGCAGUAUUACCUCAUCUCAAAGGGCUUGUUGAUUGUAUUGGGGGGAAUUUGAACGAUGACCAGACCAAGGUUCGGACCGUAACUAGUUUAGCAAUCGCUGCACUUGCUGAGGCUGCAAAUCCUUACGGUAUUGAAAGUUUUGACGAUAUUCUCAAUCCACUUUGGACAGGUGCCCGUAAGCAACGAGGCAAGGGUCUCGCAGGAUUUCUUAAAGCUGUUGGAUAUAUAAUCCCACUGAUGGACGAGGAAUACGCCAAUUACUACACUGGUCAAAUUAUGGAAAUCUUGUUGCGAGAGUUCUCCUCUCCGGACGAAGAAAUGAAGAAGGUAGUUCUCAAAGUCGUCUCACAGUGUGCUGGUACAGACGGCGUUACAUCAGGGUACCUAAAAGAACAGGUUCUCGAUGAGUUUUUCAAAAGUUUUUGGGUUCGACGAAUGGCUCUAGAUAAGCGAAACUACCGACAAGUUGUUGAGACUACGGUUGACCUCGGUCAAAAGGUCGGUGUCGGCGAAAUCGUCGAACGAAUAGUGAACAACCUCAAAGACGAAAGUGAAGCUUAUCGAAAAAUGACAGUCGAAACAGUAGAAAAGGUUAUUGCAAGUCUAGGUGCAGCCGAUAUAGGAGAAAGAUUGGAGGAAAGACUAAUUGAUGGAAUCCUUCAUUCUUUCCAAGAACAAAGCGUGGAAGAUAUAGUGAUGCUCAAUGGAUUUGGAACUGUGGUUAACGCACUUGGAAGUCGCUGUAAACCUUAUCUGCCCCAAAUUGUUAGUACGAUACUCUGGCGGCUUAACAACAAAUCUGCUACUGUUCGCCAACAAGCAGCUGACUUAAUUUCUCGUAUCGCUAUGGUUAUGAAACAGUGUGGAGAGGAUGCUUUGAUGGGAAAACUAGGUAUUGUUCUCUACGAAUUUUUGGGUGAAGAGUACCCAGAAGUGCUAGGAUCGAUUUUAGGGGCUUUACGUUCAAUUGUCACUGUAGUUGGUAUCAGUCAAAUGCAACCGCCGAUUAAAGACUUACUCCCACGUUUAACUCCAAUCUUACGGAAUCGACAUGAAAAGGUACAAGAGAACACCAUCGAUCUGGUCGGCCGUAUAGCAGACCGUGGUCCAGAAAGCGUCAACGCCCGUGAAUGGAUGAGAAUAUGCUUUGAGCUUCUCGACAUGCUCAAGGCACACAAAAAAGGUAUUCGUAGAGCAGCAAACAAUACUUUUGGUUUCAUCGCAAAAGCAAUCGGUCCUCAAGAUGUUCUCGCCACUCUUCUCAACAAUCUUCGUGUACAGGAGCGACAAUCACGAGUCUGUACUGCCGUGGCGAUUGGAAUUGUCGCAGAAACGUGUGCACCUUUUACUGUGUUGCCAGCAUUAAUGAAUGAGUACCGUGUUCCUGAGCUUAACGUUCAAAAUGGUGUUCUAAAAUCACUAUCUUUUCUGUUCGAGUAUAUAGGAGAGAUGGCCAAAGAUUAUGUUUAUGCAGUCACACCACUUCUAGAGGACGCUCUUAUUGACAGGGACCAAGUCCAUAGGCAAACGGCUGCUUCGGUUGUAAAGCACGUUGCACUCGGGGUCGUUGGCCUUGGAUGCGAGGAUGCCAUGCUGCACUUACUCAACCUUCUGUGGCCUAAUUUAUUCGAAACUAGCCCUCAUGUUAUUGACCGUAUAAUUGAGGCAAUUAUUGGGAUUAAUAUGUCGAUUGGACCAGGGCUCACCAUGAAUUAUGUGUGGGCAGGCCUCUUUCACCCGGCGCGAAAAGUCCGUGUUCCGUACUUCCGCAUCUAUAAUGAGAUUUAUGUACUUCAAAGCGAUGCCAUGGUCCCCUAUUACCCGACUCUAGAUGACGAGAAGAUAGAUAGACCUGAGCUGGCAAUUGUUAUAUAA